GGGGCGGGGGGAUGCCGCUGGCUGGUGUCAGGCGGCGGCACGGAGGGAGGGAGCGAGCGAGCGAGCGGGCGGAGGAUGCAGCAGCGGCGGCUGGAGGAGCGAGGAGCCAUGCAGCGCUGUGCGCCGGGGCCCGGCCGCAGAGCAGGCGGAGCGGGGGCGCCCUCACCACCCUCCUGCUGACAGCUUUUUUGUUAAGCUCUGCUGAAGGGAUAAAUGGAACAAUUAACUGGAAGACUAAGCAACCCAACAGUUAUAUUAUCAGCAGAAUAAGGGCUGCUGAAAAGAAUGUGUACACGAUUCUCUCUAAGGUGCACUCUGAUCGGAAUGUAUAUCCUUCUGCUGGAGUUCUUUUUGUUCAUGUUUUGGAGAGAGAAUACUUUAAGGGGGAGUUUCCUCCUUAUCCAAAGCCUGGUGAGAUAAGUAAUGAUCCUAUAACAUUUAACACCAACUUAAUGGGUUACCCUGACAGACCUGGAUGGCUACGCUACAUUCAGAGGACACCAUACAGUGAUGGAGUGCUGUACGGAUCACCAACUAUAGAAAAUGUGGGCAAACCUACCAUCAUUGAGAUCACUGCUUAUAACAGGCGCACCUUUGAGACUGCAAGACAUAACUUGAUCAUUAAUAUAAUGUCAGCAGAAGAUUUUCCUUUACCAUAUCAAGCGGAGUUCUUCAUAAAGAACAUGAAUGUAGAAGAAAUGUUAGCAAGUGAGGUUCUUGGAGAUUUUCUUGGAGCAGUGAAAAAUGUGUGGCAACCAGAGCGUUUGAAUGCUAUAAACAUCACCUCAGCUCUAGACAGGGGAGGCAGAGUUCCACUUCCUAUUAAUGAUAUGAAAGAGGGUGUCUAUGUUAUGGUUGGUGCAGAUGUUCCAUUCUCCUCAUGCUUACGAGAAGUGGAAAAUCCACAAAAUCAGCUGAGAUGCAGCCAAGAAAUGGAACCUGUAAUAACUUGCGAUAAAAAAUUUCGUACUGAGUUCAAUAUUGACUGGUGUAAAAUCUCUUUGGUUGAUAAAACAAAACAAGUUUCCACCUAUCAGGAAGUGAUCCGAGGAGAGGGAAUAUUACCUGAUGGUGGAGAAUAUAAACCACCGUCUGAUACACUGAAAAGCAGAGACUAUUACUCGGAUUUCCUAAUUACACUGGCAGUGCCCUCGGCAGUAGCACUGGUGCUUUUUCUAAUACUUGCUUAUAUCAUGUGCUGCCGACGGGAAGGAGUGGAAAAGAGAAACAUGCAAACACCAGAUCUAAUUCAUAUAUGUGAAAGCUGCUAUAAAACAGAGAGGUGUGGCAAGGCUAGCAGCAUCCAGUUGGUCCACCACAGUGCUAUACAGAAAUCCACCAAAGAGCUUCGUGAGAUGUCCAAAAAUAGAGAGAUAGCAUGGCCUCUUUCAACACUUCCUGUGUUUCACCCAGUUACUGGUGAGAUUGUACCACCUCUUCACACAGACAGCUAUGAUAAUACUAGCAUGCCACUAAUGCAAACACAGCAGAACCUGCCACAUCAGACUCAGAUUCCACAGCAGCAAACUGCAGGAGAAUUUCGUAUGACAACAUUUCAAAGAUUUGAGGCUCUCCAGCUACACAGGGCUCUUCUUCGUGUCAGAUGUGAAGAGGAGCUGUAUGUAGCUCAAAAUCUUCUCUCUCUCACCAACAGAAGUAAAUGGUAUCCCUGAAGAAAGAAAAUUGACAGAAGCAAUGAAUUUGUAAUCAGAUAAUGCAGUAAUCAUGUCUUAUUUCCUUAUUUGUGCAAAUAAUGCAUGCGCUUUUCUGGUGUACAGUGUGCAUGCCCACAGUAUUAAGUACUUCAGUGCCAGAUUGUACAAUCAUUUCCAUUUAACUAGUGUAUCAUAUCUUUUUUGUACUUUGGACAUUUUUGACAAUUUGUAAAACACUGAUAACUUUUUAUAUUUGUUACAUUAAGGAAACGAUCUUUAAAAUAAACAUAUUAAUAAAUA